CCAACAGGGCGUCCGUAGUAAAGUCAAACACGCAUGCGCAGUCAGGGAGCGACAGAGAAAAUGGCAGACGUCUCUUUGGAUGAAGUGAUACGGCAACGCGGAAUUAACGUUAAGGUGCCUGCGAAAAGAACCAUGUUUGGACGGGGUGCGGGGGGAAUUGGCAAGACUUUCGAUGCUCGUCAAAGGAUUGGCAACAAUGAUGUCCGACAGCGACUUGGCGGAGGAACAGGUUUUCCAGUGAAAGAUGCCAGAGAAAUGCUGGCUCAGAAAGAUGCUCGCUUUAAAAUCCGCGGCAGGGGCGGCGCCGGAGGCGUCCAGGACGCCCGUCAGAUGAUCAACUCGCGUAAACAAGGCCAGAGCGUGUUUACGGUCCCUUUACAGACGGCUCAAAAGACCGCAGUCACCCACCAACUCCAGAGCCACACACUUGUGCCGCAGAUCAAGAUUCAGGCUAACAACAACUUUGCAGGUGUGAACGCAAGGCUGUUUGCGUCGAACAUACAAGGACUGAGCGGGAGAAAUGGCGCAAUGGGCCAUCUUAACAACAGAGUGACAGACGCUCGCGAUAGGCUGAGCCUGAAGAGGAGCAUUGGUGGGACCCAAGCCCCGCCGACGGCUAUGUUGCCUCUUAAAAUAACCAAGACUAUCCAGCAAACUCCGGGUGGAGUUCUUGGUAGAAUGCGUCUCCCCUCACAGCCUGUCCCAAAUGAUCAGGAUUGCCCCCCCAGUAAACAACUCAAACUGACUACUUCUAACAAUAUGCUACAAUCACGGGAUGGUACAACAGUUCCACCGUUUUCCAUGUCGGGCCCGAUAACCAAGGUGGUUAAAAACGAUGCCUACUCGGCCCCUCGCCCGCCCGUCCCGGUUGCUCCCACCCGGCCCACCACUGGCUCAGCCGCCCCUCGGCCCUCCGCCGGAGCCCUGAGGCCUGUCUCUCGGGCUCUCCAGCAAAGCUCAGCCGAGCCCAGCGCCGCACCUGCAGCCCCUCAGCCUGUUUUCAGCCCUUUGGAGGGAACAAAAAUAACCGUGAACAACCUGCAUCCCCGCGUGACCGAGGAAGACAUCGUGGAGCUGUUCUGUGUGUGCGGUGCCUUGAAGCGAGCGCGCCUGGUGAAGGUGGGCGUCGCCGAAGUGGUGUUUGUCCGCAAAGAGGACGCCGUGAGCGCGUACAGGAAGUAUAACAACCGCUGCUUGGAUGGUCAGCCCAUGAAGUGUAACCUCCAUAUUCAGGGAAACGUCAUCACUUCGGAUCAGCCCAUUCUCUUGCGGCUCAGUGACACCCCGGGCGCAGGCAGCGGGGCGAAGAAGGACGGCCUCCCGCCCUCCUUGUCCCGCUCCGCCAGUCAGCGAACGUCUCAGCCAACUCCUGAAGUCGAUCCUCAGACCAUCCUCAAAGCCCUGUUCAAGUCCACGGCGCAGUCCACCUCCACCACCGAGCCCGCCAGCUCGCAGGCCACCGCCUUCCGCAUCAAAAUCUAAGCCGCGUCUCGUACCAGUCAGUUGUGCUUAACUGUAAUACUGCAUCCUCCGUGGUUUUCAUCUCAACUGUGCUUGCGGCAUACGCUCAUAGUGAAAUGAUUUGACAUAUUCAACGUUUAUACUCUGAGAGUGCGAAUGCGUGGAUAUGCCAUAUCCUGUUUUGGUUGUCGUGCUGUCAUUCAUUCAAUGUUAGUUUGCAAACUGGACCAGUAGAAACCAACUCAAAAUGUUUUUUGCCGCUAUUUUUCCGCAAGCCGUCUAAUUUGGUUGUAUUGAGUGUUUUUAAUACGAUAGAUUGGCAGGCGUGUCUCUACCGUCUGUGACUCGAUAAAAGCGAUGCGGAGGUCAUAGAGUGUACACAAUAAUCCAAACUAUUUCAUUAUUACAAGAAAUGUAGGAUUCGCCUUCCUAACUCUAAACCCGACGGGGAUUCUUUCAAGAUAAAUGAAGUCAGCCCAGGGACGGUCUGAAUCCUACGUGUACUGUUGACGUGAAGCAGUUACCAGGCAGUCAUGAUGUUAUUUUAAUCCUUGAUUGUGUGGCAUUCAUUAUCUUCAUUGUGGCUUCAAUUAGUUCUCCAUCUUUGUCAUACGUUACUCAACUUUUGUUUUAUACUGUAAAUUACUUUUUGUUCCUUUUGAUUAGUCGGAACAGACUAGAGAGGUCAGAUCUGUCCUUCAAAAUGUCAUCAUUAAAAUUGAGCUUUGUAGAAGUUGUCUAAAGCUUAUUUUUCCCUGGAAAUUACAGUAUAUACAACUUAUUAAAGAGUACAUCAGUAGAUGGAAACGAUAAUCGCUCUGAUUAAACAAACCAGCGUUAUGAGUAAAAAUAGCAGGGCUGUCAAAUGAAUGCAUUUUUACAAUGAAUUAAUUGUGAUUAAUCACAACUUGAAAUUA